AUGUCAUCAAGGCGGGGGGAUGAUGUUGCACCGUCGCGAACGCACGAGAGCUCCCAUGACCCUGCAGCGAUGCUCUGUGCGUUUCUCAUGGCGAGGCGCGGUUGGAGUCUGUCCCGCAUCGCUCUUACGUUAGGGAUUCCACCUCUUGUGCUGGAGGAAUGCAUCCGCAACGGCGUUUCCUCAGCAGCACUGCGCUCGCAGCUUGCCCUCUGGAUUGCGGAGAACGACGAUGCAUCGGUGCCAUCAUCUCUUGCGCAGGAGGUUGUUGAGGCGGCCUCAUCGUCGUCUGCUGGGGCGUUGGAAUAUCUGCAGGACGAUGAUCCUUUUUCCGCUCUUGACCCUGUCACACAGUCGUACUUUGUCGAACUGGGAUCGAGCGUGGGCCAGAGCUUCAUUUCCAUUUUGAAUGACCCCCACGAUGUGGCGGAAACCGCCUCUACGUGGGGCUCGUGGCUCGGAGGCGUCGUGUCGGGUGCUUUAGACCUCAAGGCCCAGGCGAAACGGGCGGAGGCGGCCGUGAGUCUGGGGCCGUCGUCGUCGUCAUCAUCAUCUUCUGAGACGCUGCUCGCACGCUACGGCUUGCAAGAAGACUACUCUUCCUACUUGCAGCUUGUUACUGCUCCGUACAAUAGUAAUCGGGAAGAAGGUCGGCAGGCGCCGGUGAUGGUGGACACAAAUGCGGGGCCCGGUACUGCUAAUAAUUCCCUCUCUGUGGAACAGCUUCCGUGGCCAAGCGGCGUUCCAAAAGAGUUUUUUGGCUCUGCCCAUGAUCCGACUGGUGAGAUUUGCUUGCUAGAGCGCAACCUGCGGGAGCGCAGGGGAGAGGCUGCAGUCGAGGGAGAGCGCAACGUUUCUGUUACUGCGCAAACAUUUGGGGAGGAUUUUGAGUUGAUGGAGGCUCGAAUGAAGACGCUUCGUCAAUGGGAAAGUGCCGUGGAAGGAUGUCUUCUUCAACAUGUCCAAAGUCGCUCAGAGCAGUUUUUUUUGGCCUCCCACGAGUUUAGGGACCGGGCUGCGGAGGCGAGGGAGACCCUUGAAAGCCUCCGGCAAACACGGGCGGGCAUUGGAGCAUUUGGUAAGGGAUUGGUUCAGGAAAUGCUUAUGGUUGCACGGUGCUAUCGAAGCAGAAACAACCUUGGCUCCUUGUGUAAGCUGGCGGAAAUGGUAGUGAAGGUCUCUUCUCAAAUGAUAGCCAUUGAAAAUUGGGUGGCACUUCCUGAACGGGACAUGGUGGAACUGCCAGUCAUUGUUGACGUCUUCUGCACGUUGCAGGAAGCGAUUUUAACGGAACAUGAGACGGGAACUUCGUCUAGCGGUGUUGGUGCCCUUGAGGCGAGGUGGAUCACAAAAGUGUCCGCACUAAAGGCUGUUCCACGUCGCGUGCUGCAGGUGAAGGAGAAACUCUGCGUGAUCAUUGUGGAGGAGUUGGAGGCGCUUCUUCUUCCGGCGCCGCGCGGGGCUGUGGACGAUGGCCAGAUCCACAGGACGUUUCUUUCCGCGAGUAAGAUGGGAAUAUGGCACACCGCCGUACGUCAGUGCAGGGAUGUCCUUAUGGAUGCCCUGUGGAUGACUGCCCGCGAAGCCUUUAUCGCCUUUAUGAUCAAUAACUGCGAACCCAGUGAUUCCACCGCCAAUAAUCUUCUUUCCACUGCCGUUUCCGCGGAUGCCUCCCGCGAAGAGAAAUUGACCCUUUUCGAGCAUUCCAACGCCUGUCGUUUUGCUAUGUACAUGCAAAUAAUAGGCCUCAUUUCUGAUCACGUUAUUGACUUUGUCACCCAGGCUGGCCAGAGAUGGGGGCUUUUCCUUGUGGAGGUUGUUCCCGCGUCAUCCGCGGCAAAUGCUGAAGGAGUGAGUGUAGAAGACACGCGAAACUACUUCUCGUCAUUGUGUGCGGCUGCCGAGAGUAUCGUCGCUCUUCUGAUAGAGGUUCGAAGUCAAGACGGUAAAACGCCGACAAAUGCUCGUGAUAUUGAGGCGCUUGUUUCUUUGGGUUGCGCUUUUCUACCCAACAUAGUGAGUAACCUACAGGGAGUUUUGGCGAUCUGCGGCAACGUUGGUGACCCAUGGGGGUUCGUGUCUGGAAAGCGGAUUAAGUCUGCUGUGACGCGGCUGGCGAAGGGGCAUCUCCGCGUGCACCACGUGGAGAGUAUCGAGAAGUUGCGUGUGACGAUUGAGAAUGAGACGUGGCUUCCGGAAGGCGUCGACCCCACCUUUCAAACCUCCGUGGAUGCCCUUUGCCGAAGUGAUGAUGCCGCUAUUGCGGAGCUUCGUACACGCGCCGUGUUCACUGAAGUUGUGGGCGAGAGUGGGGUUCGCCACCCCGUGGCGCCCACAUUCGCGAGAGAAGCAGCAACUACAGCAGCAGCAGCGACGGGGGAGAUGGUCGCAUCAGGGCCGUCCAGAUCGUCUUCCAAGCCCUUGGAGGCUCGUGAAACGUGUGCAAAGAAGCUGCUUCUGCUUCCAACGGUGGAUGCUUGUACGGAGGGUCGGGUGGUGAGUAGAUCGCUUUUGAUGCUGAUUGAAUUGUUACACGAGUAUGACGACUACCUGGGUCGUUUUCCCUUUCUUGCCUUUGAUGUGAUGGGGAAAAUGUAUGACCUUCUCACGCUCUACGACUCGCAGUCGGCGGCCUUCCUACUGGGCGCCAUGGCUGUGGAAAAUGGUGUGCUACAGACAAUAACAACGCAAAACAUGGCUGUCGCGUCACAGAAUCUGGCCUUUUUGUGUGACAGCAUCCCACUUAUGCAGAAGCGUUGGCUUCGUGCGGCAACUGUCGACAAGUUGUCGCCGUCUAUCGUUGAAGACAUAGAGCGAGUUCGCAAGGACUGUACGACGCACCGGUGCGAACUUUUUGGAAAGAUAUCGGACGUAGUCAAGGACAAGGUUGAUGGUCUCGGGGCCGUCUCCGCGGAGCAGUGGAAAAUGUCUGGAAAUGAGUGGGUAAUGACGAUGCUCCGAGAGACAGCGCGGUUAAUGCGGGCCAUGAAGCCGCUUUUGCCUUCUGAGGAUUGUCGCGGGGUUGUAGUGCCGCUGCUCGGCACCUUUGCUCGAAUGAUUCGUUCUGUUACGAUGUCUCCAGCCGUGGAUACAGACCUGCGAGCAGUGAUGCUAUCGGACGUUCUUCUUUUCAAGGCAAAUGUGGAGAGGUUUGGCUUUGAUGUUUUGCGGUGUGCAAUGCUAUUUGACUCGGUGGCGGCGGCGAUGAGGGCACCCGUUGAGCCCGCCGCAUCAGAGGCGGAUGUCGUCGCCUGGUUUUUCAGCGAUGAACGAGGACCGUGA